AUGUCCAAGCAGGAGAGCGACACGGCGAAGAAGUCGUCGACGGAAGAUGACGAGCCUGAUGACUGGGACAAGCGCAUCUUCAGCACGGGUUGCGCAGGUACGCAACGACUCCUCUCUCUCUCCGGAUCGCAGCGGAAAAGAUCGCGAACAGACAGUUGGAUCACGGCGCUAACUUUGACCUCCACCUUGGUUGUCUCUGUAGACGAGAAUGCCAAGUUGACAGAUUGCUAUUUCGAGAAGAAGGACUGGCGGCAGUGUACGGCCGAGAUGGAGCAUUUCAAGAGCUGUUGGAAGCAGCAGGGCAACGAUCGCCGGACGGACGCAAAGGAUGCAUGA